AUGGCAUUGACUAAUCAAACCCUGGUGACAGAGUUUGUUCUAAAAGGUUUCUCAGAGACACCUCAACUCCGGAUAUUCUUGUUUAGCACCUUCCUUUUUCUUUAUAUCACGGCCCUCACGGGCAAUAUUCUCAUUGUCAUGGCCAUCAGUCUAGACUCAGGUCUCCAUACAGCCAUGUAUUUUUUCCUUGCCAACUUGGCCAUUUUAGAUAUUGGCUGCACAACCACAGUUCUGCCCAAAUUGCUAGAAAACUUUAUUGUGGAGAAGAAAUCCAUCUCCUAUGAUGGCUGCAUGACCCAGUUGUAUUUUCUCACCUGUCUUUUGGGGACUGAGCUUCUACUUUUCACAGCCAUGGCUUAUGACAGAUAUGUGGCCAUCUGCCAUCCCCUACAUUACAGUACUAUGAUGAGUAGGAUGGUUUGUAUGUUUUUAGUGAGCAGCGUGUGGGCCAUUGGUGCUCUCAGCUCAUUAUUACAUACUGGUCUAAUGCUACGAUUAACCUUUUGUGGUCCUAAUGAAAUUAAACACUUUCUGUGUGAAAUCCCCUCUUUGCUGCUGCUUUCCUGCAGCUCCACAUAUGUGAAUAACAUCAUGAUCGUCGUUGCAGAUAUGUACUUUGGGGUGAUCAAUUUUGUGCUCACUAUGGUGUCCUAUGGCUUUAUCAUCUCCAGCAUCCUGAAGAUCCGCACCACAGAGGGGAAGAAGAAAGCCUUCUCUACCUGUUCCUCUCACCUCCUGGUUGUCAGCAUGUAUUAUACCACAAUUGUAUGUACUUACAUUUUUCCAGGCUCUGGCUCUUCAAUGGAUAAUGGUAAAGUGGUGGCUCUCUUGUACACCACAGUUGGCCCCACCUUAAACCCUCUUAUAUAUACUCUGAGGAAUAAGGAUUUUAAAACUGCCCUCAAGAAAAUGUUUCCAUUCAUUCAUUAA